AUACUCGUGACAUGAAAUUUAAUUUAAACAAUUUAAUAAUUACACAUAUAUAAAAAGAUAAUAGAGUUUGGAAUCCAAAAAGUAAUAAAGUGCGAUGUUAUCGAUUACAAUUUAGAUUCAGAUGAGACGAAAUAGCUAAAUUCCCUGAAGACAAUCGAAUUGGGUUCGCCGCGCGCACGCGAGAUGUCGCUAGGGUCUGCUUAUGAAUUCGCGUUCAGUAUUCGCGACGCGUCUCGGAUUUCUAACGCGAUUUUACUUUUCUUAUUGCGUUUCAGUAUUAAUUGCGUUGGUGUUGAUUACGAAUUUCCGCGUGUGUUAAUUCAACGACGGUGCGAAAUGGAAAAUGGAGAAGGAAGAGGAGGAAGAGGAGGAGAAUGCGGACAAGAAUGUGGACAAGAAUGCGCCCACGCAACGGCAAACCGCAACUUCCGAAGCUCCACCACGGUAAAAACCUACGAGAACGGCACGGUUUUGCUGCCUUGUCACGUGGAGGACCAGGGUAUGUCGGUGAAUGGGCGCGAAGGGGUCCUCCUUGCCGAUAGCUUCGAGCAGCAGAACAGCCGCCCCGAGCGGAUCACCCUGUAUAGCAACGGCAGCCUGCGGCUCUUCCACGCGCAGCGAGAGGAUAGCGGGCACUAUGUGUGUCAGGUGAUCCGACCGUCUCCUUGGGGACACGUCACGCAAGUACACGAGAUCGAAGUGAUGUAUCCGCCUAGCGUGAAGACGGUGCCGGAGUCCGGCGAGUUGGAGGUCAAUCUCGGGGAUAGGGUGGAAAUGCAAUGCGUGACGAAGGGUGUACCGGCCCCCGUCAUAAGUUGGAGGACGAAGGAUGGAGAAAUCCCGUUAUUGGACGCCAGGCCGCAAUUGAGAUUUCAUGCCGACCAUCAGAAUCUUACGGGCAGGUAUACCUGCGUCGCCGAUAAUGGAAUCGGCGAUCCCGCCGAAGGACACAUAGACCUACGUAUCAGAUAUAAGCCGGAGAUACACGUGGACAAGCCAUGGAUGCACGCAUACAUAGGAAUGCGAGUAUCUCUACAAUGCAAGGUGAUUGCGUGGCCUAUGCCAGAGGUUGAAUGGUACUUCCACAACGACUCAAUCAAGGCGUUGCAAAUAAUAGACUUCUCGCACAUCGACAGUUUGUUUAUGCAUCAUUUGAACAAGGACAAUCUCAUUAGCAGGUUACGUAUAAUGAAUGUAAAGGAGGAGUAUUACGGCACCUACAUUUGCAGAGCCUCGAACGCCUUGGGAACCACCGAGAAGAUCAUCGAACUGUCGCCGAUCGCGAAUCCGGCGGUGUUCAAGAAGGAGUCGCGCAGCACGUCCAACACGUCGUACAACUUCAUCUGGGAAGUCGACAGUUACAGUCCCAUCAUCGACUAUCAGUUUUGGUUUCGCAAAUACAGGAGGGGUGUUGGUGGCGAAUGGCACAAAGUGUAUAUACCUGGUGAUGACGGCGUUACCGGUAGCCCGGUGCACGCUCGCUCCUUCAAUCUGACGGGGUUGGACGUGGCGACCCAUUACGAGGCGGUCGUUUUGUCCAGAAAUCGUUACGGAUGGAGCCGCCCCUCGGAGAUACUGCGCUUUCACACCGAAGGAGCUCCUGUCGAUUCCAGCGAAAAUAUCGAGACGGAUGGCGAUCAGGAGAAGAACAAAAUAACAGUUGUACAGCUGUCAUCUAUAUCGCAGCAUUAUCUUUUGGCAUCGGAUGCAAACAGAUCAGCGUACAAUCGAGCACAGGCAUUGUCUUUAAUAUUAAGUAUGCUGUGUAUCUCAGUUCUAACAUACAACAGUAGAUUUUAAGUGAUGUAUAAAAAUGCGAAGAGGAACAUAAAGUGGAUUGUUGUAAUUUAUGUA